AUGCAUAUCGAAGAACAAAUAUCAGAUGAAGGAUCAGUAGAACAAGUCGAAAAUUUCUAUCCGAAGCAAGUGAUUUGGGGACAAAAAGUGAUAACAUUGGACACUUUUUAUGCAUCCCAAUGCAGAGGAAUCACCAAAAUAGUUUGUAUUGCUAUGUGUUUCUUCGCUAUCGUAUUGGUCUGUGGAAGUCAACCUGUAAACGAUGAAAGAGGACCCGCCCUCUUCUUCUGUUUUCUUGGAAUUAUUGUCAGCUUUGGAGUUUUGCUGGAAUAUACUUUCAUGCUCAAUACGCAUAUUACAGCAACAUGUGGAUUUAUUAUGGAAGCUAUACUUUACGUGACUGUGUCUGUGGGACUCCUGGUAUCCGGGAUACUAAUGUGGGUCUUCUGUGCUGCACACUGGGCAGAUAUGAAUCCUGAUUGGGCAACCAUGCCAGCCUUGGCUACGGCUUCACUAUUCUUGUGCGCUGCUCUGUAUUUUGUUGAAGUUUGCAUUUUGCUCAAUGAUGCACGUCGAUGCAGCUGGAGACCUCCACAACCAACGUCUUCCGUUCUUCCACAUUAA